UAUCAAGCCAUUUUAUGCAUCAGUAUGAGUUUCGUCACUAAAGAGUGGUGUUCUAAUUUUUUGCUUCCCAAGUUUUGCUUAUACUAUCCGAAAGUCCAAGAUGAUUUCUGAUUAUGUUCAAAGUGUUUUGAAUGCCUCUCCUUACUCACUUACAGUCACUGCAAUAGCUGUUCUUUUAUGGCUCAUAUAUUACGCCACAACAAACAGAGGAUUACCACCAGGACCCAGCGGAGUUCCUAUAUUGGGUAUUUAUCCAUUUCUGAAGAAUGAUAAUUUGCAUCUUCAGUUGGAUAAUUAUGCUAGGAAGUAUGGAGACAUCUUCAGCUUCAGAGUGGCUGGUAAACUAUUUAUCAACCUGGGAAGUGUGAAAGCUGUACGUGAAGCCCAUAUUACUAAUUCCGAGUACUUUAGCGGAAGAUCCACCGAUUUCAAUGGAUUAACUCCUUUGUUUGGUGAUGGUGUCUUUUUUAGCAACGGUGAAGCAUGGAAGACUCUUCGAAAAUUCUUCCUUAAUACCUUCAAAGAUAUUGGUUUGAAAUCCAUGAAAUAUAACAUGACAGGUCCUGUGUAUGAUACCAUUGAUUCCACCAUCAAAGACCUGCGUAGCCUAAAUGGUGAACCUGUCGAUAUUGUUGAGACUGUGAAUAACAAAUUCAUGAAUACGGCGCGUUGCACAUUCUUCGGAGAAGAUGGUAUCUCCAUGGAGCAGUUUCGUAAAUUAAUUGAACAUUACAUAAUUACGAUUGAAAUCUUGACUGGAAGUUAUACUCUUCUUUAUGGAACUAUAGCAAAGUAUUUCGUCAUGCCAUUCAGUUCCGGUUGUCGCGCAUCCGUUGCCUCCCAGAAACAAAUGGAAGAUAUCAUAUUCGAAGUCAUAGAACACCACGAGAAGACCCUGGAUGAAAAUCACAACCGGAACAUAAUCGAUGCUUAUCUGAAAGAACGAAACGAGCGAAGGCGGAAGGGCGAUCACACUGCUAAGUAUUUUACAAAAAAAGCUUUGGCUGGCUCACUUGCUCAGUUUUUGGGAGAUGGUCAUCAAGCUGUUGUACUCUUUGUUGGAAAAUUAUUUCUUACAUUGGUACAACAUCCGGAAGUGCAAGAAAAGAUAUACGAAGAAUUGGUAGACGUCGUUGGCACGGACAGGAAUCCAAGCUUAGGAGACAAAAGCAAUUUACCUUAUGCGAACGCAUUCAUGUAUGAGCUUUCAAGAACAUCUGAUUUAUUGCCUUUUAUCCCCAGUCUUGUGUGUACAAAAGAAACAAAUUUAAGGGGCUAUAGGAUUCCCAAAGGAUCCAUAACUUUGACCAAUUUAUGGUCAGCUCAUCAUGAUCCAGAAACCUUCGAAGAUCCAUUUACGUUCGAUCCGUCAAGAUACUUAACCUCUUCGGGUAAGCCUAGAGCAGAACUUCCAGUAACCUUUGGAAUAGGUAAACGUUCGUGUAUAGGAGAAUCAUACACUAUGACUCUGGUUUUCCUUUAUAUGAUAACUAUAGUCAAAAACUUUCACUUGUCGUUUCCUGGAGAAGAAGACUACUCAACUUCUGGAUAUACGAUGAAGUUAAAAAUAAUCGCAACUCCAAGAUAAUAAAAGAACUCCCACUUCUAUCGAAACAUCAGUUUUACUUUAUUGCAGACAUGCCUGCGCGUUGUAUGCACUAAUAAAGUUCUGCUUUUCAUGAUUCGUUUACUUAAA